CUGUCCACUUAGGAAGCAACACUGAUUGACAAUAAAUUUCACAUGCUGUUGUGCAAAUGGAAUAGACAAAAGGUGGAAAUUAUAGGCAAUUAGCAAGACACCCCCAAAAAGGAGUGAUUCUGCAGGUGGUGACCACAGACCACUUCUCAGUUCCUAUGCUUCCUGGCUGAUGUUUUGGUCACUUUUGAAUGCUGGCGGUGCUCUCACUCUAGUGGUAGCAUGAAACAGAGUCUACAACCCACACAAGUGGCUCAGGUAGUGCAGUUCAUCCAGGAUGGCACAUCAAUGCGAGCUGUGGCAAAAAGGUUUGCUGUGUCUGUCAGCGUAGUGUCCAGAGCAUGGAGGCGCUACCAGGAGACAGGCCAGUACAUCAGGAGAUGUGGAGGAGGCCGUAGGAGGGCAACAACCCAGCAGCAGGACCGCUACCUCCGCCUUUGUGCAAUUUAUUGUCAAUCAGUGUUGCUUCCUAAGUGGACAGUUUGAUUUCACAGAAGUGUGAUUGACUUGGAGUUACAUUGUGUUGUUUAAGUGUUCCCUUUAUUUUUUUGAGCAGUGUAUAUAUAUAUUUUUUUACUGCUCCUCUUUAUUUACUUGUCACUUUUAUGUCUUAUUCUUAACCAUAUUUUUGGAAACUGCAAUGUCGGUUAGGGGCUCGCAAGUAAGCAUUUCACUGUAAGGUGAGGUUGUAUUUGGCGCAUGUGACUAAUAAAAUUUGAUUUGAUUUGAGAUCCUGAGGCCCAUUGUCAUGCUUUAUCUGCCACCAUCACCUCAUGUUUCAGCAUGAUAAUGCACAGCCCCAUGUCACAAGGAUCUGUACACAAUUCCUGGAAGCUGAAAAUGUUCUCAGUUCUUCCAUGGCCUGCACACUCAGCAGACUCACCAGCCGAGCAAUCAGCCUGUCACCAACCCUUUGGAAACAUUUGGAAAAAAUUGUGUUUGACCAGAUACAAUGCUAUUUUACAGUAAACAAAUUGACAACAGACUUUCAGCACGCUCAUGGGGAAGGACAUUCAACAACCACAUCACUUACACAAAUGACUGAUGAUUGGCUGAGAUAAAUUGAUAAUAAAUAGAUUGUGGCGGCUGUUUUGUUAGACUUCAGUGUGGCUUUUGACAUUACUUGUAUCUGUACAGGGUGGACUCUGAAUUACUCUAUGCAAAGUUGUAUUGUCUUCUUGUCACGCCCUGACCUUAGUUAUCUAUGUUUUCUUUAUUAUUUUGGUUAGGUCAGGGUGUGACGAGGGUGGGUAUGCUUGUUUUGUAUUGUCUAGGGUUUUUGUAUGUCUAGGGGUGUUUGUAAGUCUAGGCAUAUGUAGGUCUAUGGUGGCCUGAAUUGCUUCCCAAUCAGAGGCAGCUGUUUAUCGUUGUCUCUGAUUGGGGAUCAUAUUUAGGUUGCCAUUUUCCCUUGGGUAUUUGUGGGUUCUUGUCUCUGUGUAGUUGCCUGUUCAGCACUCAUUUGUAUAGCUUCACGGUUCGUUUUUGUUAUUUUGUUCAGUGUUUCUGCUUAUUAAAGAAGAAUGUACGCAUAUCACGCUACGCCUUGGUCUCCUCCUUUUGACAGCCGUGACACUUCUCAGGAAUUGUGUCUUAUUACUUUGGUCUCAUCCCUCACACAAUCCUUUAAAUGCUGUGACACCAUGUGGCGAUUGGGCCUGGUAAUGUUUAGGUUACUGUAAGCUUGGUAUUGUUAGAUUGGUCAAUGGUGGUUGGUUUUGGGUUGAAAGGUUACACCUUCAGAUGUUGUAAAUUUAAUUAAAUGUUGUUGUUCUCUCUCUUGUAUCCUGUAUCUAAGUUGUAGGUUGUAUUAUCAAUUCUCAUUUCCUUCUGGCCUAAUAAGCAUCUCUUAUGUUCAUGCUUUGUCUUCUAAUUCUUUGGAACUUAAGCUUUAUGCCUUGUAUGUGAGUCCAUUCAAUGUUACUUAAAUAUCUGCCUUUGACAUAGAGACUUCUCAGACCAAUUCUUGCUAGUCAACAUCAACUCAUUGCAUCAUGCUUGCUUGUAUAUUUUAAUUCGCUUUAUGAAGUCAGAUAAACAUUAUAAUAGGCUAAUUGCUUAGUCCAAUUAAUAAGUCGCUGUCACGACUUCCGCCGAAGUCUCUCCUUGUUCGGGUGGUGGUCGACGUCACCGGCUUUCUAGUCACCACCGAUCCAUGUUUUGUUCCUUAUUUAACUCUCUGGCAUACCUUUGUGUUCUGUCCAUGAUUGUUGGUGUCUUAGUGGUUCGUGUAGGUGUUAUUCUGUCUGUAUUUUCCUUAUUGGAAUAUUGCUUGCCUUUUUUGUGAGUAAACUCAGUUGUUUUGCUCAAACCUGUGUCCUGCGCCUGACUCCUCUACAUCUCUGCACCCAAUCGUUGACAGUCGCAUGUGAUGUAUAUACUCGACUGACGGAAAGCAUAGCUACUAUUAAAAUACAUUUUUAUCUGACUGGAAGUGUACAGACUGAAGUGGCAGCAAGUCUUAAAAUGGUUGAACAUUUUGUCAUGUCUUUUUGGUCUGUUUUUCCUCUGUAGUCACUGCUAGUUUUGAAGCCUUUGUUAAGGCCUCUAGAAGUGCAAGUAAUUUAAAACACCAAAUAUCCCGAGUGGACAGCCAUACCCUCUGCCAAAGACGAUAUCUGGGAGCAGCGACGGACGAACAUCUGGGCCGAUGGUAUGCUGACCUCUUGUUCAGGGAAGAGCGGGGGCUGAUAUCGCAUGGAACACUCGAAAGACGAGAGACUAGUGGCCAAGCAGAGAAGGGUGUUGCGGGCGUAUUCCACCCACGUGUUGUUGGCUCCAGGUGGUGGGGUUGGUCGAGACAAGGCACCUAAGCAUAUUCUCCAGGUCUUGAUUGGCACGCUCUGACUAGCCGUUGGACCGGGUAUGAAACCCGGAGGACAAGCUGGCUCGAUGACCCAAUAAGGGUGCAGAACUCUUUCCAGAAUCGGGACGAGAAUUGACGACCACAAUCAGAGACAAUGUCGGCAGGGAGUUCAUGGAUUUGGAAGACGUGCUGCACCAUGAGCUGAGUCGUCUUCUGAAGGUAACUUGGGGAGAGGGAUGAAAUGGGCAGCUUUAGAGAACCUAUCCACUACUGUCAGGAUAGUGGUGUUGCCAUCAGACGGAGGAAGCCCAGUGACAAAAUCCAGGGAUAUAUGAGACCAGGAGCGAUGAGGAACAGGGAGUGGCUGAAGGAGGCCUGUCGCAGAGUCUUAUUCUGAGCACAAACCGUGCAUGUGGCGACGACGGCUGAGACAUCAGGAAACAUAGUGGGCCACCAGAAGCGUUGUCGAAGGAAGGCCAGGGUUCAACGGGAGCUAGGAUGGCAGGUGAGCUUGGAGGAAUGAGCACAUUCCAGGACCUGAGAUAGGGCUGAAUCAGGGACAAACAUCUGGUAAUCUUGACAAUUAAAAAAUCAUUAAAGUAGUUGGCAAUAUCAGUGGGUUUAAUGAGCCAUCUGAUUCAAUGAAUGAUGAAGCUGAGUUUGCCUUUUUGCCCAACAGUUCUUUUAAGGUGCUCCAAAGCUUUUCACUAUCAUUCUUUAUAUAAUUUAUCUUAGUUUUAUAGUAUAGUUUCAACACUUCCACCACUGGCAUUUCUGUCUUUUCUGUAAAUGUUAUAACCUUGUAUUGCUACCACUGUAUCAUCAAAGGUAUUAUCUAAGUGAGUUUCAGAGAGUCAAAAUAUGAAUGUCAUCUGUUACUAGCAAGUUAUUUACUUCAUUAACCUUGUUUCUUAGGCUACAUAUGUUAACGUGGGCUAUUUUUGAACACUUUUCUGGGAUGCUUGAUUGUUUUCAUUGUUUUACUGGGUAGCUUAGCAGAAUUAGACAUGCUCAUGCUGUUUAUGUUAGUGCAGGGUGAGCUGCACACAUGGGACUUCCUACUACGGCACACCGCCUCAGUGCUAACACUAUAACUCUGGUUCAUAGGCACAUGAUUACUGCAUACAAUAGCUGUGGGAUCAGCAGAGGCAUUCAGCGCAGUUAGAGGGGCAUAAAUUAGGUUACUUAUAUUGCAUCUUCCAACGCCCCUGGGAUAAUGUACAUUUGCUGAAACAUUAUGACAACUCAGUGACACAAUGGUAGGAAUUUACUGAGCUGGGCUUGGGUCAUUGAUAAGUAAUUGUCUCAAUGCAGCCUUAUAAUGCUGUGAAAGGAUCCAGGAACCCAGAUGAUUUGGAUGGAUCCCAUCCUCCUUAUCAAACGAGCUUUGUUUCCAGAAGGUAUCAAAAUUGUCAAUAAAUGUUACACCCACAGAGCUGAAAUAGUCUCGUAGCCAGUUAUGGGGGGCUAAAAGUCUGCUGAAACGUUCAAUGCCACACUCAACCCCAUCAGUUCUUUAAAAUCCAUCGUCAGCUGUUCUGAGCUGCCCUUCAUAAUGUCAUUGAAUCCCACAUUAGCUAUGAUAGACUCAAUUUCCUGAUGCUGAUUUAAAAUGUUUGGUAGCAGCUUAUUAAUAUCCUGUACUCGUGCUCCUGGAUAGCACAAAGGUUUUGCCCAACGGACUGAGACAUUACUCACCAUUGAACCGCCCAAUACAACGGCCGGAGAAGGGAAUGGAGAAAUCUGACCAUUCCUACCCCUCACACAAUUCUUUGAACCUUUCACGGAUCCACGAGAAGCAGGAUAGCGUAUGCCCGCUGCUUCCCCCGAUAGGUCCAGACCUCCCACAGAAGGCCGUGCCCGUCAGAUCCAGAGAGAGGGAAAGGAGCCGAACUCGACAACGAAGCCACUGCUGGAGUCAGCGUAUUUGGAGUCAGCACCGCCAGCGCAGACACAGGCAAUCCCAGCGAUGAAGGCGCAGGUAGAUCAGGGUUUGGGAUUUACUGGAACCAGGACAUAUCCAUCCUUAAGGAUUUUUGUGACGUAGUUCCUCCGGAUUGUGGGAAUCUCAUUGAACUGACCAGGAGGGAGUUGCUUUCUUUAGCAAAACCAAAAGUGGAGUCGACCAUGGGGAUAAAAGAGGACUUAGUAGUGACCACGGAUGUGAACUUUGUCGGGAACGGAAACUUUCUGGACUCGGCGUUCCGCUACACCCUCUUCCCAGUGUUCUACGGUGUUGUGUUCAUCCUUGGGCUGAUAGCCAAUAGUUACGUGCUGUUCGUGCUGUGGCGCCUGCGCGAUGCCAAGGCCUUGAACGAGAUCUGCAUCUACAUGGCCAACCUGACUGUGGCCGACCUCCUCUUCGUGUGCGCCCUCCCCGUCUGGAUUGGCUACUACCAUCACGGUGGCGUCUGGCUCUACGGCGAAUUCCUGUGCCGUGUCACCGGCGUGUUCUUCUUCAUCAACACCUACUGCUCCAUUCUCUUCCUCACUGCCAUCAGUAUCAACCGCUACUGGGCCAUCACGCGCCCGCUGAACGCCGCCUCGUCCGACCAUUGGUGCCGUGGGGUGGUCGUCACAGCGGUCAUCUGGGUGGUCACACUGUCCAUGUCUGUGCCAUACCUCUUGAAGACGGGCAUCCAGAAGGACGAGAGCAACGUGUCGCGAUGCUUCGAGGGCUACCACCAUGAGACAGAUGGCGAGAAGCGGCUGGUGGCCGCAACCCACCUUAUCAUUGUGGGGUGCUUCGUCUUGGUCUUCUUCCUCGUCGUAGUGUGUAAUCUGCUAAUCGCCCGGGCGUUACUAGCCCAGUCCCUUACCCAGGCUCGGGGCUCCAGUUCCUCCAAACCCCGGGGGGUGAAGGGCCGGGCCCUGCAGAUGCUGUGCGCUGUGGUGGGGGUGUUCGUGGUGUGCUUCCUCCCCCACCACAUGGUCCAGGGCCCCUGGACCCUGGCUGUGCUGGAGAUCAAGGAGGGCUGGGGCAGCACGGAAUGGAACCAGAAAACCAGGCAGUGGUUGAACGACGCCCACCAGGUCACCCUGAUGCUGAUGGGGCUCAACUGCCUCUUAGAUCCCGUGGUGUACUGCUUCGCCACCAGGAGGUUCCACAUGUAUAUCAAGGACCAUCUGAAAAAGGUGGGGAUGGGCAGAGGCUGCUCGGAAACAGCCAUCACACACAUCUCUAUAGUGGAAUGCAAGAAUGUGAGCCAGCGGCUCCAUCGUGAACAGCAGCAGCUCAAUAAUUAAAGUCCUUCACUGUAACGGAAAACUGUAAUUUAUAUGGUAAAUUUGGGUAUUAUCAACAGUAAAAUGCUCCAAACGUUUUACUGCAGCAUAGUGUAAAUUGUUGUGGGCGGGGAAACAAUUGCUUUAUUUUGAAUGGUACUGUAAUUCCACCCCACAGAAUACAGUACUGUACCGUGUCAAAAACCUUUUGACCACUUGUGGGUGAAUGUUAUUGUUGUUUCUGGCUUAUGAACAUAUUUUGAGCUGUGCCUUGUAAGAGGCUAUAUUUGUUGCACCCAUGAGUGAAAAUACUGUACCAAUUUAACUCUUAUGUUAUAGGAGACAGAUUGUACAGGGGACAGAUUUUAGUGGCAGCGAGUCUUAAACCUUAAAUGGUUGACCAUUUUACCAUGACCUUUUGGUCUGUACCCCUGUAGUCGCUGCCAGUUUGGAAAAUUUUGUUAAGGCCUUUUUUGUUAAGGUGCAAGUAAUAUUAAACACAAAUUAUGCAUUAAUAUGCUGUGGGAUGUUUACAACCAGAUUCAUCUGGUUUUCAAGGGAAAAGGAAAGAGAGCCUGUGACGCCUACACGACUUCCGCUUUUGGACGUUAACAAGGCGACACUCCAUCUUAACUCCUCCUCCACAUUUAUUGGAUUGGUUGAACAGUGCAGUCAGCUACGUUAGGUUACCUAGCAGCCAACCUGCUUGCACCAAUCCCUUGUAAUUACAGUAAAAUACUAUGAAUUACAAACCCGUCCCCUCAAUGAAUUUCAUUCAUCCAUGUGCCGACCUUACAGUGAAAUGCUUACUUACAAGCCCUUAACCAACAACGCAGUUAAGAAAAAUAAGUGUUUAGAAAGUAUUUAGAAAGUAUUUACUAAAAUUAACUGAAGUAAAAAAUAAAAAGAAGAAAAUAGAAAAAUAUUUAAAGAGCAACAAUAAAAUAACAGUAGUGAGGCUAUGUACAGGGGGUACCGGUACAGAAUCGAUGUGCGGGGGCACCGGUUAGUUGAGGUAAUAUGUACAUGAAAAUAGAGGUAAAGUGACUAUGCAUCAAUAAUAAACAGAGUAGCAGCAGCGUA